GUGCUGCUGCUGCGGCAGGAGAUGGUUAAUCUCCGAGCCACUGAUGUCAAGCUGAUGCGCCAGCUCCUCAUUAUCAAUGAAAGCAUUGAGUCUAUCAAGUGGAUGAUCGAGGAGAAGGCUAUUGCCAGCAGGGGCAGCAGCUUGAGUGGCAGCCUGUGCAGCUUGCUGGAAAGCCAGGACACAUCCCUGCAGGGCAGCUGCAACAGUUUGCAAGACUGUAGCGAUGGACUAGAUGGAAUAUCAGUGGGGAGUUACCUGGACACAUUGGUGGAUGAUGUACCUGGUCACCAAACCCCCUCGGAUAUGGACCAGUUCAGUGAUUCUUCUCUYCUGGAGGACUCGCAGCCCAUGCAUAAGCAUCCCAAAAUUGAAUCGGAUGAGUACUACUGUUUCGGUUAAUAAAAACUAGUUUCAAUGGGACACAUGUGCACUUGUAUUUAUCCUU